UAUAUGGGGCAUUUUUCUAUAUUUGAGUUUGUUGAGGGGCAGGAUUUUUUUGUGGGGCAUAUAUAAUGCCCCAUAAUUUGAGCUAUGCCAAAACGUUUAUUGGGAUGCCUAAUUGCCCUGUACAAAUUUUCUCACAACAGUGUCUGACAUCGAAAUUUAUACAAAAUCGCCACUGUGAUCCCCAAAACCUAGUUAUCGUGGUCUUCAAGAUAUUUUUAGUAUUUUAGGGGGAGGUAACUAUCAUCUUCUUUUUAGCCUACCCCGACUUCCUGUUUCCGCUUUCGUUUUCUGAACCGGUUACUUUGUUUACACUGGGAAGCAAAAUGGCUUCAUAUGGAAGAAAGAUGUUGGAAGCAGCUUUGUCGAAGAAUGCUCAACCAGAGUCAAGCAGGCCUUACUCCACUCGCUCUGUGAGACCUCCUACUGCUAAAGUUGAUUGUCAGGAUAAGGUAAAAGAGUGGCUACAUUUAUCAUCCUGCUGUCCAGAAGAGGGAGUUCUGGAAGAGAUGGACUGUGGGUCCUCAAGCCAUUCUGAGUAUGAGCCAUUCACUUCAGGCUCAGAAUCAGAAUCUGGAGAAGCGUUCCCAGCAUCAGAAAAAGCUAUCCCAGAAGAAGAAGAUGUCCCAGAAUCUGUAGUGUCACAGGAACAGAGUGAAAUAUUUCCAAUGCUCCAAGGUAUAAGAGAUCUUCCUUCUGUUGGCCCUGAUCGACAACAAAGUGAUGAUGUCGAACCAUUGGAAUGUCCUCCAGAAAAUGACGCUCUUGAAGUAACGGCCCCAUCUCAAAGCCAGCUUCGAAAAGCUUUCGCAAAAGUAAAAAUCGCUGGGGAUCCUAAAUCCGGGAGUAAAAGAAACUAUCGCAAGCCAGACUAUUGUGUCUUUUGCAAGGGGAUGUAUGUCUCAAAGAUAUCUGCCCAUUACCUGUCUGUCCAUUCCAAGGAGGCUAAGGUGAAAGACAUUGUGUCAUUGCCUAUAGGCUCGAAAGAAAGGAAACGGCUCAUGAUCCUCCUACAAAAUGCAGGAAAUCACGAGCAUAACUGCGAGGUUUUGAGGAAUGGUUGUGGGGAAAUCACGGUAAGCAGGCGACCCACCUCCCAAGAAACUUCCAGGCCUGAAUUGUAUCUCCCUUGCACAGAGUGCAAGGCAUGGGUUUUUGAAAAAAGCCUCAGCCUACAUUCCAAAACAUGUCCUGCUGGAAAGAACUCUGACAAAAAUUUCCUGAGAAACAGCAGGAUGCUGCUGUCACCUUUCCUUCAGCUGGAUUCUGAUGAGGGUGAAAUUGAAGACAUCAUCUCCAAAAUGAAAGAAACCAGCAAAAACCCAGGACUUCGUCAGAUCUGCAUGCAUGAUGUACUCAUCCGCGAAUUCUGCAGAGGGCUUGUCCACAAAUUAGGACCUUUGGAGGAGCAGCGUCGUAAAGACAAAGACAACAUCAGAACGAAAGUGAGGGCUGUAGGUAGACUUGUUGUAAGACUGAAUGAAAAAUCAAAUCAGGAUUUGGACUUGUCAGCUUUCCUCAAACCAACACAUUUCCGGCUGAUAGUAGAAACAGUGAGAGACAUGGGCCUGGAGUCACCCAAUCUGUCACUCACGUUGGGUCAUUACAUCAAACAAAUUGUACAACUUAAGCAGAGUCUGGCCCUUCAGGGUGAAGACGACGAGGCCAGGAAGGAUGCAGACAACUUCAGCCUCCUAAUCGGUGCUCAUUGGAACAAUUAUGUGUCCGCUGUAGCAUUGAGGCGAAUGAAACUGAGAACACUGAACAAGGCAGUGGAGUUGCCAAAGACAACUGACAUGGUCAGUUUGAAGAAUUUCCUCGAUCAAGAGAUCAAGAAGAGUCUGAGCCUGGCAAAAUUGUCUCCUCAGGAAUGGACUGAUACUGCAGAGGUUGUCAUGGUGCGGAUUUUGCUCUUUAACAAAAGACGUGUAUCUGAAGUGGAGCAGUUGAAAGUGUCAGACAUUCGCCAAAUUCAAACUGACUCUGACAAUGAAGAAAUGUUGGCACAAAUGGGAAUCACGGAGAGGACACUAGCCAAGAGAAUGAGUGUAGUUGAAGUUCGUGGCAAGAGCACAAGAGGACUUAGAAAAGUGUUUGUAGUUCUUUCUGAUGAGAUGCUAGAGGCUUGCAAGCAUUUAAUCCAGACGAGGAUGAAUGCAGGAAUCGAUCCAUCCGUUGAUUACCUGUUCGCCCGACCUUCUGGUUCACCGUUGGAUGGUUGUAGUGCCAUGCGGAAUGUGACCGAGAAGUGUCCUGGACUGGAGUGUCCAAAGCUGAUCAGGACAAGGCUACUCCGAAAGUACUUGGCCACAACAAUCCAGUUGUUGGAUAUGACAGGUGACGAGCUUAAGAUGGUGGCUGAUCAUAUGGGACACUCAGUGGCCGUUCACACUGAUGUCUACAGACUUCAGUCUUCACUGCUGGAGAAAACUAAAGUUGCUAGAGCACUCAUUGCCCUUGAAAAUGGAAAUCUAACAAAAUUUGCAGGGAGAAACCUAGCAUCUAUGCCAGUGGAAGAGCUCCCUCUCCCAACAGCAGACCGAGAAGAUGAGGAGGAGGAUGAUCUUGAGCCUUUGAACGUUGCAAAGGAAUCUGGCUCGGAGCACACGGGAGAAGAUGCUGGCCAACCUGGUGCUGCAGUAGAGACUCUGGAGGAUGUUGGGACUGUGGAUGAUAGACUGUCUAUGUCUGAAAAAACGAAGAAACCUCAAGGAAGGAAAAGAUGGUCACUUGAGGAAGAAACAAGUCUCUGCACUCAGUUCAAGGAGAACAUUGUCACCAAAACAAAUCCGUCUGGAAUGCAAAUCAGACAGGCUCAGGAGAAGUGUCCAUUCCUGAAGGAGCGGUCUGUCGCUGUUAUUAAAACCAAAAUCAACAAUAUUAUUCUUGGCAAAUGUAAACUCUCAGUGUCUGGGUAGAAACUGAACCUUAUUUCAAUAUCCUUUUUUCAUGUAGUAUGUGAGACAUUACUUGAAGUAUUUGCCGAUAAGCGCUAUUAUUUUUCUUGUAAUUGUAAUUUGACUUUCAAAUGACCUUGCUUUCUAUAUAAGCCUAUAAAUUUGAAUGCUUGGUCAGGGCUGGGAUUAUACAUAGGCCGUGCUGACAUCUGCCAUGGUACCAUCUGAUUGUCAUGAACCCUAUUUCCACUUUCUUUGCCAUUUUAUGAAAUAACAGAAGCUUUCAGAUAUUGCCUACUUACUUGCAGUGAUGGAUGAACCCAACAUUUGUCUUCUUCUUCUUCUUCUUCUUCUUCUUCUUCUUCUUCUUCUUCUUCUUCUUCUUCUUCUU